CGUCACGGCAGGGGGGCUCCCUCCGGCCGGGCGGGGGCGGGGUCGCACCCUCGGCGGCAGGCGGGAAGCCCCGCCCCGGGCUCCCGCGGGGUCGCGCGGCGGCUCUCGCGAGGCUUGUUCGCGCGGAGCAUUGCGACUCGGAGCGGCGCCAUUUUGGGAGCGAGGCGAGCGGGGUGUGUGCGGGCAGUGUGGAUUACAGGAGUCCUGGGCGUUUGCAGCCUUCUGCUUCUGCUGGUAGGGAGAAGGAGGAGACUGACCUGCAGCACCUGCUUCUUGCGAAAGGGGGGAAAAUCAGACACUGUCUGGCAUUAUUUUUCCAAGUGCUUCCUCCUGAAGAGACUUCUGAAACAACCAAUAGGCGUCUGAGAAGUGAACUGGAAGUUUGAAGUCGUGCGGGUUUUUUUUUUUCCUAGCAAUGUCGAGCACCUCAUUCUUGGAUGCUUUUGUCCUCACGGCUUGGAUACGUGGCUAAAUUUAUCAAGUUCUGAAUACUUCAGCUGCGAAAAUAAAGUGCUUUUUUGCCUUUAGAUACCUUUUUAUUCUCGGCAGCAUUCUGUCUGAGUCAUAAAUAUAACCAGUGCUUUUAGCUGGCUCCAGGUUAAAUGCAGCCUGAGUCACUGUGUAGACAUUACUGGAAAGUUUAAUGGCAGAUAUUUUCCCCAUUAUCUUAUUUUUUAGAUUUUCUGACAUAGCUUCUGUCAUUUUGCAGUGAGACCUAUUUUCUAAAUGAAGAAUCUAAUAGACAUUUGUUUAUCAUUUUUUCUUUUAUAUUUUAUUUAAAUUUUUUUUUGUUGAAAAAUCAUGUUGCCAAUAAGCAGUAUGGAGGUAUCCAGAUAGCUCUUGCUUACAAAUGUGUCUGUUACCCGAAGUUAGGAAAGUUCUACAGUUCAGAUGUGAAAACUGGAUUUUCAGCUUCACAGUUUUUGGUGUAAAAAGUGUAUUUAUUUUAUCUGGAGCUGAUGCUUCUUAUAGUGAUAUGUAGAUGGAAUAGACAAGAGAAGAAGCUGUCAAAGAAAAAGGAAGCUUUCUAAGACGGUUGACAAAUUUUGGAAAUAGCCUUCUGGAAUCUGUAAGCAAGAAGGAUGGGUAGCUGAUUUCUGUGAGGUCGCAUCUAUGUCAAACAGCUACGAAUGUAGUGUCAACAAGAAUUCGGGAUAUAUCUCAAGGAAAACUGGAAAACUACCCGUCACGUAGUACUAACACCUUCUGCAGUCCUUUUGGAUUAGGUUUGCAUUCAGCUGAAUUGCUACUGCCUCAAAGAAAAUGAAGAUGGACAGAGCAACUUAAUUCAAAAGGACUUACCAUGAGGUGCUGAAGCCUUGUUUCAUUGAUUCGGAGAGACUGGACCUAAAUGGCGCAGCAUGACUUUGCUCCAGCCUGGCUUAGUUUUCCUACUCCACCAUCAUCAACAAAGUCAUCACUGAACUUCGAGAAACAUUCUGAAAAUUUUUCGUGGACAGAGAAUCGUUAUGAAGCAAAUCGCAGAAGACACAACUCUUCAGAUGGGUUUGAUCCGAACAUUGGACGGCCUAAUGGAGGGCAUUUUGGGAGAAAAGAGAAGAAUGGUUGGCGUUCACAUGGCAGAAAUGGUACAGAAAAUAUAAACCAUCGUGGAGGGUACCAUGGUGGAGGUUCCCGCGCUCGUACCAGCACUUUCCACUCUGGAAAAGGCCAAGGACUGCAUGAAAACAAUGUACCUGAUAAUGAAACUGGGAAAAAGGAAGACAAAGAAGUUCCCAAACAGUUUGAGGCUGAGGAUUUUGUAAGUUAAUUGUAAUUAUAAUAAACAAGGUUUCAUUGUUUCUGCCAUUUUGUCCAUUACAAGCUACUUCAUGAGAUUUCAGCAGUUUCAGAUCAUCAUAAAAGGGAUCACCCUUCCCAUAGCCAUCUUUGAACCCUGAAUGUGAGAGGGAACCAAACCAGAAUAAAUCUUUAGCUGCAGGUGUGUGGGAGUACCCUUUGAAUCCCAAAUCUAGAUCUCCGAGAAUGCUGGUAAUUAAAAAGGGCAGUACAAAAGAGCUGCAGAUAUCUGGAUUCCCAGUAGUAGGAAGUCUUCAUUCGCAGCCAGUAAGGAAUGGAACUGGCACAAGUGUUUAUAAAGGAUUAGUCCCUAAACCUGUCACUCCACCUGCAAAGCCUACACAGUGGAAAUGCCAAGCAAAAGAAAACAAAAUUGGGAAUCCAUUUUCUCAUGAAUCUGCGUAUGGUGUUGGCAAUUUCAGUCCUUUCAAAUCAACUGCCAAGGCAUUUACUGUAUCUCAGAAUUCAGUGAGAGAGUGUAAUCGGUCAAAUUCUUCGUCCCCUGUUGACAAAGUUGGUCAGCCUCGUUUAACAAAAUUAACAAGAAUGCGGAAUGAUAAGAAGAGUGAAUUUUUGAAAGCAUUGAAACGAGAUAGAGUGGAAGAAGAACAUGAAGAUGAGAAUCAUGCCGGCCAAGAGAAGGAUGAUGGGUCCUUUAACUUGCAUAACAGCAACAGUCCUCAUCACGAGAGAGACAUAAACCUAAACUUUGAAAAUGAAAUUCCGCAGGAGAACGGCAAUGCUUCAGUUACAUCUCAACAGAUCAUUCGAUCUUCAGCUUUCCCUCAGGCAGAUGUGCUUUCAAGCUCACUUGAAGCAGAGCAUAGGUUGUUAAAGGAGAUGGGCUGGCAGGAAGACAGUGAAAAUGAUGAAACCUGUGCUCCACUAACAGAGGAUGAGAUGAGGGAGUUCCGAGUCAUUAGUGAACAGUUACAGAAAAAUGGCCUUCGGAAAAAUGGCAUUUUGAAAAAUGGCCUCAUUUGUGAUUUUAAGUUUAGCCCGUGGAAAAACAGCACUUUCAAACCUGCUCUGGAGAAUGAGGAUUCUGAGACAAGCAGCACUGAUACGUCAGAUGAUGAUGAUGUGUGAAGACUUCCGUAACAUCUGUAGAAGCCUGUUUUGAUCUCAUGAAAAUUUGGGGAUCUAUUGUCCAAAAAAAAAAUUCUAAUAUAUGUAGUAACAUACACACUAGAGGAAGAAUGAUGGGACUUUUCUCUGAAGAAACCAAGGAAUGUUGUGUUGGGUGUGUUGAACAUUGCUAUGAUUUCUUUGUAAACGAAUGUGGUAGAAUGAGGACUUGAGUUGACCCAGCAUUGACUUUCUUCGUCACUGAAGCAUUUCUGACUAGCAAUGUGAAAAUGUAACAAAUCAGACUUUCUCAUUUAAUAAUAAAAACAAAGAAUUGUGUAAUGUCUUGCAAA